UAAGGUGUAAUAAGGUGUUAUUUCAUGUAAAUUCGUAGGAAUAAGCAGCAGACUCACUGUGCUGAAGUCGUGGACAUGGAUGUGACACAGAAAGAUGGGGCCGGCUUGGCCGGGUCUGACCCCAGCAAGACGGACACACUCAACUCAACAGGUUCUGCAGGGCAAAAGAGAGCUGGAGGAGCCAAGAAGCACAUGCAAGCAAACAAAUCGGCCCUGCGUGCUCCCAGAGCUCUGUGCUGCCUCACUCUCAGCAAUCCUAUACGUAUGGCAGCACUGGCCCUAGUGGAAUGGAAGCCCUUUGAUAUAUUCAUUUUACUGGCCAUUUUUGCAAAUUGUGUUGCCCUUGGUGUGUCAAAACCAUUUCCCGAAGAUGAUUCCAAUGCCACCAACCACAAUCUGGAACAAGUGGAGUAUGUGUUUCUGGUCAUUUUCACCAUCGAAACAUUCACAAAGAUUCUUGCGUACGGUCUGGUCAUGCAUCCUAGCGCCUACAUCCGCAGUGGGUGGAACUUGCUGGAUUUUAUCAUUGUCAUUGUAGGUCUUUUCAGUGUGAUAGCUGAAAUGGGAGAGCACAAACCAGGAGAGGCACAUCACGCGGCAGGCAAACCAGGUGGUCUUGAUGUCAAAGCUCUGAGAGCUUUCAGAGUACUACGACCCCUGCGCCUUGUUUCUGGAGUGCCUAGUCUGCAGAUUGUCUUGAACUCCAUCAUGAAGGCCAUGGUGCCCUUGCUCCACAUCGGUCUGCUGGUCAUGUUUGUCAUCAUUAUUUAUGCCAUCAUUGGGCUGGAGCUCUUCAUAGGCAGAAUGCACAAGACCUGCUACUAUGUAGGGACAGAGCUAAUGGUGGACGAUGAUCCUACACCAUGUGCUUUUGCCGGCAACGGUCGCUUCUGCGUGGGGAAUAACACGGUGUGUCAGGGAGGAUGGGAAGGACCUAAUGGAGGCAUCACCAACUUUGACAAUAUCUUCUUCGCCAUGCUAACCGUGUUCCAAUGCAUUACAAUGGAGGGCUGGACUGAUGUGCUCUACUGGAUGAAUGAUUCCAUCGGGUUUGAGCUGCCUUGGGUUUAUUUUGUGUCUCUGGUAAUUUUUGGAUCUUUCUUUGUCCUCAAUCUCGUGUUGGGUGUUUUGAGCGGUGAGUUCUCUAAAGAGAGAGAGAAGGCUGUGUGUCGUGGUGAACUGCAGAUGGCCCAGGAGAAACAACAGAUGGAGGAGGACAUGAUCGGCUACAUGGACUGGCUCAUUGAAGCAGAGGACAUGGAUGAGGAUGGAAAUAAACGUGCUGUGGUGGCUAAGAAAAAAAUGAUGAAGAAAUAUGGCUGGUACAAACACAGUGAAGAUGGAGAAUCAGAUUCAGACUCUGAGUUUGAAGCAUUCUUGGAUGAUGACAGUGGUUUCUGUUCAUCUAUCAUGGCACGACUGAUGGCUAUAAGUUUUUGUGAGCAGCUGUACCACUUAAAUGUGGUCAUUAGAAAGAACUGCCGUGUGGCUGUAAAGUCCACCAAUUUCUACUGGCUGGUGCUACUGCUGGUGUUCCUCAACACUGCCGCCAGCGCCUCUGAACACUACGGCCAGCCCAAGUGGCUCACGGAUAUACAGGAACGAGCAAAUAAGAUCCUUCUGGCUCUGUUUACGCUGGAGAUGCUGAUGAAACUCUACAGCUUCGGCUUUCAGAUCUACUUCAUGGCACUCUUUAAUCGUUUUGAUUGUUUCGUGGUGUGUGGUGGAAUCCUGGAGACGGUGCUGGUGGAGAUGGAACUAAUCCCGCCCAUCGGAAUCUCUGUGCUGCGCUGCGUUCGUCUGAUCCGUAUCUUCAAAGUCACAAGACACUGGGCUGCCCUCUCAGACCUGGUGGGCUCUUUGCUGAAUUCAAUGAAAGCCAUUUGCUCCCUCCUGCUGCUGCUCUUCCUCUUCCUCAUCAUCUUCGCUCUCCUGGGCAUGCAGCUCUUUGGUGGAAAGUUCAACUUUGAUGAAACUCAAAUGAAAAGAAGCACCUUUGACACUUUUCCAUCUGCCCUGCUCACCUGUUUCCAGAUCCUAACAGGGGAGGACUGGAACUCUGUCAUGUAUGAUGGCAUCAUGGCGUAUGGUGGACCAGUGUUUCCCAAUAUGAUUGUCUGUAUUUACUUUGUCAUUCUUUUCGUCUGUGGUAACUACAUCUUGCUGAAUGUCUUCUUGGCUAUCGCUGUGGACAACUUAGCCGGAGAUGGUGGCAAAAAGAAAAAAGAGGAGAAAAAAGAAGAGGAUGAGGAAUGGGAAGAUGAUGAAGAAAGAGAGGAAGAUGCUGGUAAUGAAAUGGAUGAUUGGGAAGAAAAUGAGGAGUUUAGAGCAAUUGAAGGGCUUGAGGGUAUAGGCACUCCCAUGAAAGUCGAAAGUUUUCAACCCAAGGAGAAAAUUGUACCAAUUCCUGAUGGAAGUUCAUUUUUCAUCCUUGGAAAGAAAAACUGUCUCAGAGUUGCCUGCCACAACCUGAUUCAUCAUCAUUACUUCACCAACAUCAUCCUUGUCUUCAUCAUACUGAGUAGUUUUUCAUUGGCCGCUGAAGACCCAAUCAAAACUCAUUCUGUCCGGAACGUUAUGCUGGGCUAUGCUGAUUAUGUCUUUACCACCGUCUUUACUAUUGAGAUCAUGUUGAAGAUGACUGUGUAUGGAGCUUUUCUUCAUCAAGGGUCCUUCUGCAGAAACGCCUUUAACCUUCUUGACCUUCUGGUCGUCAGUGUGUCCCUCACCUCUUUCUUCUUGCAUUCGAGUGCCAUUUCUGUGGUAAAGAUUCUCAGAGUAUUGCGAGUGCUCAGGCCUCUUCGAGCUAUCAACAGGGCAAAGGGACUCAAGAGCGUGAUUCAGUGUGUGUUCGUGGCCAUCCGUACUAUUGGCAACAUCCUCAUUGUCACCACUCUCCUCCAGUUUAUGUUCGCUUGUAUUGGUGUGCAGCUUUUCAAGGGCCGGUUCUACAGAUGCACUGAUGAGGCAAAACACACACCUGAAGAGUGCAAGGGCACUUUUGUGGUGUUCAAAGAUGGUGAUAUGAACCACCCAAUGGUGAGGGAGAGAGUUUGGGAGAACAGCGACUUUAACUUCGACAAUGUGCUGAUGGGCAUGCUUGCACUAUUCACCGUCUCUACGUUUGAAGGCUGGCCACAGUUGUUGUACAAAGCCAUCGAUGCUAAUGCAGAGAACAGAGGACCCAUCUAUAACUACCGUGUGGAGAUUUCCUUCUUCUUCGUCAUCUACAUCAUCAUUAUCGCCUUCUUCAUGAUGAACAUCUUUGUGGGUUUUGUCAUCAUUACCUUCCGUGAACAAGGAGAGGCUGAGUUCAAAAACUGCGAACUAAACAAAAAUCAGCGACAAUGUGUGUAUUACGCAUUGAAAGCUCAGCCAAUAAAGAUUUACAUACCCAAAAACCCUUCUCAACUCAAAUUUUGGAAGAUCAUCAAUUCCUCUCAGUUUGAGUACAUUAUGUUUGUGCUCAUUCUGCUCAACACGCUCGCACUGGCUGUACAGCACUAUGAGCAGUCCAAACUCUUCAACUCUGUGAUGGACAUCCUGAACAUGAUCUUCACUUUGCUGUUUACUAUUGAGAUGAUCGUCAAACUUCUGGCUCUGAGACCUUAUCAUUAUUUUAUAGAUGCCUGGAACUCUUUUGAUGCACUGAUAGUGGUGGGCAGUUUGGUGGACAUCAUGAUUGCAGAGUUCAGUGGUGGAGGAGGCCAUGGUGAGGGGAAAGAUGGGGAGAGCGCCAAAGUAUCCAUCACUUUCUUCCGUCUUUUCCGAGUUAUGCGACUAGUCAAGCUGCUCAGUAAGGGUGAAGGCAUUCGAACCCUCCUUUGGACCUUCCUUAAAUCUCUACAGGCACUGCCAUACGUCGGCCUACUCAUUGCUAUGAUCUUUUUCAUCUAUGGUGUGAUUGGAAUGCAGUCAUUUGGGAAGAUAGCUAUUGACGACGAUACUGAACUCAGUCGGAACAACAAUUUCCAAACCUUUUUCAUGGCUGUACUUCUGCUUUUCAGAUGUGCAACGGGUGAACAGUGGCAGGAGAUCAUGCUUGCGGCACUGCCAGGACGUCGGUGUGACCCAGAGUCUGACUUUGAGCCAGGGGAGGAGUACAGCUGUGGAAGCAACCUGGCAUACCUCUAUUUCAUCAGUUUCUUUGCACUCUGUGCCUUCCUGAUCAUUAACUUGUUCAUCGCUGUCAUCAUGGAUAACUUUGAGUAUCUGACUAGAGACUGGACUGUGCUGGGCACUCAUCACCUCGAUGAGUUUAAACGAGUCUGGUCAGAUUACGACCCAGAAGCCACGGGAAGGAUUAAACAUCUAGAUGUAGUCACCAUGUUGCGCAGAAUUCAGCCUCCGCUGGGCUUUGGGAAACUCUGUCCACAUCGAGUAGCAUGUAGGAGACUGGUUGCUAUGAAUGUGCCUCUCUAUCCUGAUGGUACUGUGUCCUUCAACGCCACCCUGUUUGCUCUCGUCAGAACUUCACUUAAGAUUAAAACAGAUGGACCCAUUGACCAGCAGAACGAGGAGCUGAGAGCUAUCAUCAAGAAGAUCUGGAAACGUACCAAACCCAAACUGCUAGAUGAAGUUAUACCUCCACCUGCAGGGAAUGAGGUGACUGCAGGAAAGUUCUAUGCCAGCUUCCUGAUUCAGGACUACUUUAAAAAGUUUCGUAAGCGAAAAGAGAAAGAGAGGAAGAAGAAAGGCAAAGAUAAGUCAGCCUCUCUCCAGGCUGGGUUACGCACACUACAGGAUCUGGCCCCAGAGAUGCGUCUGGCUAUGGCAAUGGAGGAUGAGGAAGGGCUGGAAGGGCUGGAGGGGGAGAUGAUUGAAGAAGAAGAUUUCUUCAGGAGUGACAGCGUCUUCAGUGAUGCUCCUCCCACACCGGCCAUGUCCACCCCUAGAAGCACCCCUAUGCCCCCCCAUCUGGACGAGACCUCCGUGAGCAUUGAGGUUCCUCCUAGAAUACGCAAUGGGAGCUUAAUGCUGGAGGAGGCUCUGCUGGAGUCCCGUCCGGUCUCUGCCCUUUCCGAAAACGAAGUGAUUAUCGAUCAGCCUCAGAGAUUGUCUCCCCUGCCCAGUAGGUGGGCCUCCAGUCACAGCAAACUCACCCCUUUUUCGAUGCUGAAUACCAACCAAAGGAAUAAUACAACUAGUGCUUGUGAAUAUAUUCCUCCCCCAUCUCCGGAUGGAGGAGUCGGAGGAGGGGUCGUAAUUCCAGGAGGGAAUGGAGAAGCAGUCACUGGAGAAGCCAUACAAGUAGGAGGUGGAGGUGAAGGAGUGAUGGAAGGAGCAGUCACAGGAGGAGGACUAACAGAGAUGCCAAAUCCUCCAGAGCAAAGUGCUGUUAGCAGGGAGGACCCUCAUAGUGCUGUCUCACAUGAUAGACAGUGGUUUCCUGAGGUUCCUCCGGCACAAAUUGCAGCACCCAAUGGGAGCAGUGAAUGUGUGGCCCCAGUUCAGCCCAUUGACAAUAUCAGCAAUAGUUACCAAGGCAACAGCCAAGUUGUUGGUGGCUACAAUGGAAAUAGUUACCCUGGAAAUGGCUACAAUGGGAAUGGUACCAAUGGGACUGAUUAUCCAGGGAAUCGUUACUCCAGCAAUGGCUAUAGCAGUAAUGGCUACAAUGGUAACGGUUAUCAUAGUAAUGGAUACAAUGGUAACGGAUACAACAACAAUGAACACAGUGGCACUGGAUUUGCUGCUCGGCGACGCAUGCUUCCACCAACUCCCUUAGGCCGAAAGCCCAACUUUAACAUCCAGUGUUUGAGAAGGCAAGGCAGCAAUGAGGAUCUCCCAAUCCCAGGCACUUACAGCCAAAAUUCCCCACCCUGUAGGACACGUAUACAGACUCAAAACAGCUUAGACUCACGGCGGAGCAGCAUUUCAUCUGCAGUUUCUUCGGCCUCUUGGAUGAACAACCAGGCCAGGCGGGGUCCUCUCCUCUAUGCCCCCCUUAUUCUAGUGAACGAGAUGGGGGGCACUCAGGCUAUGUGGAGUGACGCCAAUGGCAGCGCCAGCCUGCCGGCAUCGGCCCGUCCCGGGUGGAUUGGCAGUGGAAUGGCAGGUGUAGCCCAGCUGCCUCGGGCGUACAACACUCUCAGAGUGCCCUCCCAACAGAGCUCCGGAUACAUCGAGAAGGGAAGCGCUGACAGCCUUGUGGAGUCGAUCCUGAUCUCUGAAGGCUUGGGUCUAUAUGCAAAAGACCCCAAAUUUGUUGACUUUGCAAAACGGGAAAUUGCAGGUGCCUGUCACAUGACUAUUGACGAAAUGGAGAGCGCUGCAAAUGACCUCCUAAGUCAAGGGAGGGCAGGGCAACGAAUAGGACGCCUCGAAGAGGAUCUGUCUGAUGAGAUGAACUGUGUUAUAUCAUACUAAAUGGAUUUCAGUUUGUUGGGGGAAGCGGAACUUAAAUUGUCAGUGUGAUUGUGAUGUUCUCUGCAUCACUUACUCAAAUACAUUCACCUCUUCAUAUUCAGCUCGUUUGAGCAGAGUUAUACUAAAUUCCUUCAGUAGAUAUAAGGAACUUGUGACCACAAUGACCUGUAUAUCCCAAUUGCUUUGCACAUAAGUUAAGUAAGAACCAGACAACAAGAUGUGAUUAUGAAUCCUGAAGCAAUUUCUGAAAAGAUAUCAUGAUAGACUUUGUGAGAUCAUAAUGGCAGCCUCUAAAUUUGAUAAAAUAAUUGAGAUUUGGUCAAACUUGCCCAUUUAUGUUGAAUGUAUUUGUGCUUGUGGAAGUUUCCAUUUUUCAUAAGAUUAAUUAGCCUAAUAAAAAGACAAAGAGCAUCUAUAUCUAUAUACAUAUCUUUCAGAUGACUGAAUUUACAGGAAAAAUUUACAGGGACUUACAGAGAAAGUUACUAUUAUAAAUGUAUGGGCUAAUGUACUUCUCUCAAUAUGCACAAAUCCAAAUGUGUCCAUGGUUGUGAUGUAACAUUAAAUUGCUAACCUAUUAUUUAUUAAAAACAAAAACAAAA